AUGGCCACAGGUUUCACCACAGCGGGCCUCGCCGCCGAAAGCAUCGCCCUCAGCGCCGGCGCCAGCACCGCCGCCAGCAGCAACACAGGCGCUACCGUCGCUGCCACCAACUACGCCAACAUUCCAACCGCCAGCAUCAGUGAGGUCCUGGACCAGGCGCUGCCCAUCAAAAAUCGCUGGUCUGACAGCAGUAGCAAACAAGGCAAGACACCACCGGAAAGAAAUGAAAACGGCUGCCCGCUCGAUCCUCCCGACCUAGACCGGGUAACAUCUGUCUCACAGCGCCGGGCACUAUCGAUGUCGCCUAGCCUGGAAGCGUCCCACCUCGACCACGCAGCGACCCUCGUCCCUGUCACCACCAACGAGACCCAACCAAACGGCAAUCAAGUCGCUGCAACCAGGUCACAGCAGCGUCAAGACCUGCAAAGCGCUCGCCUCCAGCGCCGGCCGUCAGAUCCAUCAUCAUCAUCCCGACGAUUCGAGCCAGUGUCACCACCCUCCCGCUACAGCGAAAUAACAUCACCGUACAGCGACUCGCAGCCACUAUCACCUUCCCGAGACGGCGGCAGACCUCAGCCAUCGCCAGCUUAUGUCUCAUCCUACCUGAGCCGUCGCAAAUCCUCGAGCCGAAGUUCAUUCGGGGCUGCAAUUCCUUACAGUCCUCAGACGCACGAUACCCAGGACGCGCAGUAUGCUGAAAACUCGCCAGGAUUCCUAACAUCGCCAGAGGAGGCCCUGUCACCAAAACAACUGCCCUCAGGUCAGCGAGAAUUACUCCUCCCGAAAUCCCUAUCCCAACAAACGAGCCAACCCGAGGAGCGCCGCGUUUCUUCACACCACCCGCCAGUGUCGUACAAGCCACCGAUUAACGCGACCGCGCAACAACCAGGCAACGCGCCGCCUGUGCGCGUCCCCCCUAUUCGAGCCUUCCGCUCAUCUGGCUCUCGCAAGAGUUUGACUCUCGACAUGAACUACAAAGACUACAAAGACUACAAAGGCCAGUUGUAUGAGUCAGGUGACGAGUCGAAUGAAUCCAGCCACGACUACACGCUUCGAGCGCUAGAAGGUCGAUCAGCCCAACCCCAAGAGAGGGUAGAGAUAACGCCGCCUAUGUCUGCCAAGCAUGAUACGUCUGACGCAGAUGACGGUGGGGAUGUUUUCCUUAAAAUUGCUCGCGAGGAAUCGAUGCGGAGGUCCUCGAAUCGACGCGUGACGGAAGACAUACAAAGCCCAGCGGCGAUCUUGUGUGGCAAAACCGGUCUCAAGAUGUUGGGCUCGCCAUUCGAUAUGGACUUGCUAACGCUGCAACAACAGUCACGAGUGUUCCGCUCGCACAGGCGUCCUCUCUCUACCACAGUGGCCGCAUACCAACCCGACUCGCCACCACGCAUUACCCGACGGUUGUCGGACCAGGAGCAGUCGUCCUCGCGGCGCAUGGAUGAUGCAGUCAGUGAAAUUGCUCGAACCCUAACUCAGAGGUCCAUGAGCCGGGACAAGGCAAUGUCUGCCCACCCGGCGGCCAUGGAUGAUGCCGUCAGUGAUUUUGCUCGAACCUUGACCCAGAGGUCCAUGAGCCGGGACAAGGCAAUGUCUGCUCACCCUCUGGAUGAUGCAGUCACUGAUAUUGCCCGAAACCUAACCCAGAGGUCCAUGAGCCGGGACAAAGCAAUGUCUGCACACCCCCUCGAAGACUCAUAUCACCGUUCGAGACACAGCGGCAGCGCUCUGCGACCUUCCCCGCUUACCCCUCGAUCAACCACUCUCCCUGAUUCUCUCUCGGACAACCCUAUUCACACACGCCGGCGAUCAUCCAUUACGGAUCAAAACACCACACCUCCCACACGAUCCACAACAUAUCGCUCAUCUGGCAGUACUGUCCAGGUACAUGGGAAGACAUACCAUUCCUCACCACUGGUUCGCUCCUUCGAUCUCGUUGCCAAUCGCAACGCAGAGCCAGCACAGGCUGCAGAGGGUACUGAGUCAACCGCGUCCACCACAGCCCCGUCGACAGUUUGGGACGAACUAGACGAUCUUAAGUCCCGGAUGCGUCGCCUAGAACUCACCGGCAAACUUCCAUCCACAUCAGGAGCAGCGGUUUCUAGACUAACGGACGAACGACCUCCCACCGCGACCACAACCGUUACAACGGUAUCCUCAUCACCCAAACGGAUCGUUGCUGCGACGCAAGCUAACGACGCUGCGAGCGCGGUAGCAACUGCCCAGCAUGAGUCGUUUCCUGUUCUUCACUCUGCAUUGGCGAAGUCAAAGCCGUUUCUGAAUCCCGAAAUUUAUCGAGCCCUUGAAACGGCCGCAACCGAAGCCAUGUCCCUAUCUUCGAUGAUGGGAACCUCUGGGCAGCCGGGGCCCAUCUCAAGCGGAGCCAGUGGUAUCGGAACGGGAAGCAACAUUACAGACCGCCAACUUCGUCGCAAGGCAGAUAGUGUGUGUCGAAGCCUGACAGAACUAUGCGUUGCACUUGGGGAAGACGUAGCCCAUUCCCGCCCACCGCAGGUGUCACAUUCACACAAGUCGUCUCUCAGCAAACCCCAAGUCCAACAAGCUCCCCAAGUCCCUCAGGAGGAAGGUCCAAGAACCCCAACCAUUAAUAAGAGUUUUAAUACGAUGACGUCCCUGUCGUCCCAGAAGCGUCCCAGCAUGGUAGCUGAGGGCUCUGCGUCAAAACCAUCAAGCACUGUGACAAGCCCUAGCCGUGCGCUAUCCAAGUUUGAGGAGAGGCGCAAUACAUUGCUGAAUGCGAAUACUUUGCCGAGCCCUCGGGCUACUGGCUCUGGCCCUCCCACGCCGCAGGACGCCAAUGCAAACCGAAGGUCGUCUCUUAUGGUGGCUAGGUCACGCCGUGCCCUUACCGAGGAACCGGAAGAAGUAACCGGGAGAAGGUCCUCUCUCCUGUUGAGAAGUAGGCGUGGUGCGACUGAGGAGCCCGAGGAGGGCCGUCAGACAGAUGGCCGUCAGACAUCUCUCUUAUAUCGAACUCGCCGUGGUACAGCAGGAGAAGGUGAUGAUGAAGUGAGAUUUACCACGCCGUCUCGAGCUUACACUGAGGUCAAUUCCUCAAGAGGUCCUGGCCGAGAGUACACAGAGGUCGCAACCUCAUCUAGGCUCCCAACCAGAGAUUUCAACUCACAAAGCCAGCUCUCACCACAAGAUGCCUCACACACCUCUGCUCUACCGCGCCGCCGAUUCAUGUCUGGGACUACUGGCAUCAGCCGGCUGGCUACACCAGCAACUCCAAAUACGACAACGCUCCCCACGCGUAAAUACGUAGAACGAUCGACCCAUGAGAGAAGGGAUUCCGUUGGAGCUGAGAGAACCGAGAGGAGCCAGAAACGCUACUCGCUGGGGUCAAACACAAUUCUUACCAGUGGAGUCAGCCUCGGCUCAAGAAGACAGAAUCGUGACAGCACGAUACCCAAUAUCACAACGACUACAGCAGCCGGGGGUUAUCGAUGA